CGCUGGCAACCCCGGGAGACCUUCCCAGGCGGGCGCGCUCUCCGCGCGAGGGUGGCGCAGAGCCGGAGAACUGCCUGGAUCCCUGGCUCUCCUGACGCUCGGCGGCCCCCGCGCACCGCAGCUCCCCCACGCCCCCGCGCUCAGCAGCGGGACAGCGGCGGGAUGGCUGUGCGCGUCGGACUCCUGCUGCGCGCCCUGCCGCUGCUUCUGUGGGGCGGCCUGGACGCGGAGCCUCGGGAACGUGUAGGCGAGGAGCUGCGCCGGGAGGCGGAGGCGUUCCUGGAGAAGUAUGGAUACCUCGAUGAACAGGUCCCCAAAGCUCCCACCUCCACUUGGUUCAGCAAUGCCAUCAGGGAGUUUCAGUGGGUGGCCCAGCUGCCUGUCAGCGGCGUGCUGGACCGAGCUACCCUGCGCCAGAUGACGCAGCCCCGAUGUGGGGUCGCUGAUACCGAGAGUCACGCCGCCUGGAUCGAGAGGGUCAGUGCCCUGUUUGCCAGACGCCGGGCCAAAAUGAGGCGUAAGAAACGCUUUGCAAAGCAAGGCAUCAAGUGGUACAAGCAGCACCUCUCCUACCGCCUGGUGAACUGGCCAGAGCACCUGCCCGAGCCAGCGGUUCGGGGGGCCGUACGUGCUGCCUUCCAGCUGUGGAGCAACGUCUCGGCGCUGGAGUUCUGGGAGGCUCCAGCCACAGGCCCUGCGGACAUCCGCCUCACCUUCUUCCGAGGGGACCACAACGACGGACUGCGCAACGCCUUCGAUGGCCCAGGGGGCGCCCUGGCGCACGCCUUCCUGCCCCGCCGCGGAGAAGCGCACUUCGACCGAGACGAGCGCUGGUCCCUGACCCGCCACCGCGGGCGCAACCUGUUCGUGGUGCUGGCACACGAGAUCGGCCACACGCUCGGCCUGGCCCACUCGCCCGCGCCGCGCGCGCUCAUGGCGCCCUACUACAAGAGGCUGGGCCGCGACGCGCUGCUCAGCUGGGACGACGUGCUGGCCGUGCAGAGCCUGUAUGGAAAGCCUCUGGGGGGCUCAAUGACCACCCAGCUCCCGGGAAAACUGUUCACUGACUUUGAAGCCUGGGACCCCCACAUCCCCCAGGGCAGACACCCUGAAACCCAGGGUCCUAAAUACUGCCACUCUUCCUUCGAUGCCAUCACUGUAGACCAGUGGCAGCAACUGUACAUUUUUAGAGGGACCCAUUUCUGGGAAGUGGCAGCUGAUGGCAACGUCUCAGAGCCCGCUCCACUGCAGGAAAGAUGGCCGGGGCUGCCCCCCAACAUUGAGGCUGCCGCAGUGUCAUUGGAAGAUGGAGACUUCUACUUCUUCAAAGGGAGUCGAUGCUGGAGGUUCCGGGGCACCAAGCCAGUGUGGGGCUCUCCGCAGCUGUGCCGGGCAGGGGGCCUGCCCCGCCACCCUGACGCAGCCCUCUUCUUCCCUCCACUGCAACGCCUGGUCCUCUUCAAGGGUGCCCGCUACUACAUGCUGGCGCGAGGGGGCCUGCACGUGGAGCCCUACUACCCCCGCAGUCUGCAGGACUGGGGCGGCGUCCCGGAGGAGAUCAGCGGCGCCCUGCCGCGGUCAGAUGGCUCCAUCAUCUUCUUCCAAGAUGACCGCUACUGGUGCCUGGACCAGGCCAAACUGCAGGCCCCUCGUCCUCUGCAGAGGCAGAGGGCCCGGCGGAUCCGACGGCGAGGGACGCGCCCUCACCUGUCGACUGGAGCCGCCAGGCCGCCCAGCAGCGCGAACGGGCUGAGCCAGCCCCAGAAGCCGCUCUCCGCGCGCCGCAGCAGCGCCACCUGCUGGGUGCUGGACUCCUGGCGCAGCGGGCAGUAGGACACCGAGCCGCGGUCGCGACCCUCGCCCUCCGCCGCCUCGCGGUACUCCUCGCCCUCGGAAGCGCUCUCCUUCAGCUCCCUCUCCUCGUCCUCCUCCCCAGAGUCCUCCUCCGCUUCCUUCUCCUCCUCCUCGCAGGCCUCAGGGUCCUCCAGCUCCUUCUUCCACAAAGGGGUCUUCACGCCUGCGGGCGGGGAGCGUAGGCGGGGAGGUGGUCAGCGCAGUCCCCUUUGCCCCCAGUGAAGGGCCCGGGUACCCUGACUGUUGGCCAUAACCCGACAGCCCCCAAAAGGCAAGUGCCUUGAGGACGGUGGGAAUGAGAUGCACUGGAACAGCGGGGUUCCGUGAGAGGGGGUGACAGCGCAGUGAUUUCCCUGACGAGGGGGGGUCAGCCCGCCUGGUCCCAAUUUCCCAGGCUUCUGCACUUCCUAGCUGAGGACUGGAGCAAGUCACGUCGCUUCUGUCGUCUGUGAAAUGGACAACAGUAUUAUAGGAGUACCGUCUCAAAGGUCGUAGUGAGGCUGACAGGAGAGCAUGUCUGUGAAGCUCCCUGCCCAGCGCCUGGUGCGUGGCGAGCAAUCAACAAAAGGUAACAGUUGUGAUGGUGAGAACUGUAGGUGGUGAAGAAAUUCCUUCUCAUUGGCUUUAGGAUGGGUACUUGGUAUCCUGUGGGCUCUCAAUAAACAUUAAUUGCACUGAUUGUAAUUUUAACAGGUGGCUGUUUCUAUUUUGCUUUCUGCCUGGUCUUUCCUUCCUCCAAGUGGAUCUUGCCUUAAGGAAGCCCAGCAUCAUGGGUGGCGCAGCGGGCAGGCAGCUGAGACAAGCACUUCUGUACAGUUAGCAAAAGGCGCUCCCUGCAGGCAGACCAUUGAGGAAAAGUGCCUCCUAUGGGCAGACUAAAGAGAAAAGGGGGCCCCCUAUAGGCAGGCCAAUUAGGAAAAGG